GUGGUGAGGAGGCAGGAAGGAGGAGGAGGAGGAGGAGGAGGAAGUGGUCGGCUGCACUAGGGGUCCCGGAGAGCCCUCGGGGAUGCUGGCUAGGCGAGUGCUUGGGACCUCACGCAGAGCGGCGCUAAGAUCCGUGGAGGCUGCGCUUGGAGGUUUGAAGUCAAUAUGGGGAAGCAGCCAACAUUUUUACUCUGCUCUUUCUAAGGAUGUCACUUAUAGGGAACUAAAAAACCUACUGAACUCCAAAAAUAUUAUGUUAAUUGAUGUUAGAGAUACAUGGGAAAUUCUUGAGCAUGGAAAAAUACCUGGAUCAAUCAAUAUACCGUUGGAUGAGGUAGGUGAAGCUCUACAGAUGAAUCCAAGGGACUUCAAAGAGAAGUAUAAUGAAGUGAAGCCAUCCAAAUCUGACAGUCUAGUGUUUUCUUGUUUCGCUGGAGUAAGAAGUAAGCAGGCCAUGGACACAGCAUUAUCUCUGGGCUUUAACAGUCAAGGACAAUGGAUGAAGCAAAAGAAAACUCCAGUCUUGACAUCAAAGGCUAAUGGAUUCUUUAUAACCACUUUGGUAAUUGGUUUCCUCGUCUGUGAACCGAAGAUACUGCUCCGCUGGAACAUCUUCAGUCUACUGAGGACUAAGAUAAUAUGAAUUGCCAUUGAAAUCCUCAGAUUCUACACUCAAUUCUUAAGUAGUUGGUAUCCCAAAAUAUCAGGUAGCCUGUAUUAUCUAAUCCAGUGGAAUCAUGCUAAAAGCAAAAAUAGUGUGUUAACAAGCAGUCCCAAUCUUAAACAACAACUAAGCAUCGGUCUUAGAUGCAUACUUGUAGUUCCAAUACUCAGGUGAUUGAGGCAGACAGAUGGCUCUAAGUUUGAGACCAGCAUGGACUUCAGAGACCCUGAUGCAUGAUCCUAAUUAGUCUUAAUAAUAAAAAUCCGGAGUCAGAUAUCGGGGUAAAAGCUGAAAGAUCAGAGAAGGACUGGCCACACAGUCAUCUCUUACCUUUCUGACUCACCCUGAAAAGGGCGGAGCUCCUGUCUACGCUUCUAGUACUUCCUCUCUGCCCUGCCUUAUCAUUAUGUGUCCCCAGUCUGUGCAGACCUCCAGGCCUCUAUGAUUAACUAGUAGCUAGUUCCCACCCUCUGAUCUUCAGCCAAGCUUUGUGUGUAAGAACGCAAACAAAGUAUCACAACAAGACUCUGUUUCAAAAGAAAGGAUCUGGGGUUCAAAGAAGUAAACCCUGAACAAGAAAACACAUUUACAGCAUCUGAAGACUCAUGACAAUGUGUAACAAUGUAAUUUUAAAAAUGAAAGGUAAUGUGAGGAUACAAAUUUCCCAGAUUACGACUGUGGAAGGCAAUCUAACCUAUAGGUUCGGAAAUUUUGUAGGAUAGUAGAAAUCUUCUGUGGCAUGACUUAAAUGUCGGAUGUGUGUGUCAAAACUUACCAAACACAAAGGUAUGUGUUUUUACCUUUUAAAACUAAUAAAAACAAAUACUUAUCCCUGUUUGA